AGAAAUAAGAAAAAAGCUCAUGCUAUUUAUCAACGUCAGCCUCUCAUCGUUUACGUGAAGAUGACCCAGUCGCAAUCGAACAUCUCCCAGUUGAAAGAUUUCUUGUCUUAUUUAGUAACCGUUAAAGGUGACCUUUCAAAUAUCACCGCUCCGCCCUUCACCCUUUCACCCAAGUCGGUAGUAGAGAUACCGGCCUCUUGGGCUGAGCGUCAUGAUUUAUUUGUGCAGCCAGCACAGGAGAAGGACCCUGCGAGACGUUCUCUUUUAGUUCUCAAGAACUUCCUCUGUAGUCUUAAGCGCCAGGUCUAUACGGCGACCGCUUCUAAAGAGUGUUCCGACGGCGACUGCGGCGACUGCGGCGACGACCAAGUCAAGAAACCGCUUAAUGCGUUUCUAGGCGAACUCUUCCUAGGCACUUUCGAAGGGGACGACGGAAGCACGACGAGAUUGAUAUGUGAGCAAGUAUCACAUCAUCCACCAGUGACGGCCUGCUGCCUAUAUAACGAAGUCCACGGCAUCUCAUCUUCGGGCUACGUAGCACAAGAGAUAACUUUUAAUCCCGCUUCGGGUGUCCGGGUGAAGCAAAUUGGACACGCGAUCAUCCGUGAUGAAGCUCACGGCGAAAGCCAUCUAAUGACGCUGCCGACCAUAGUGAUAAAGGGGUUAGUAGUCGGGCGGCCGUACCCUGAACUAGAAGGCACCUGUUACAUAUCAUCAAGCUCGGGAUACCUCGCAACUAUUGAUUUCCAAGGUAAGGGCCUACUAGGAUCUGGAAAGAAGAAUAGCGUGCAUGCCGAGAUUUCUAAUGUUCGGGACGAGGGCAGGAUGAUGUUCGAAGUCACUGGUCAAUGGAACGACCGACUUACGAUCAUAGAUAGUACGAAUGGGAAACAAAUCGAUGAUUUCUACGUCGACGACGUGUCUCUCACGGAGCUUCAAACCAAACCCCUCGAAGAGCAAAGCUCCUGGGAAUCGAGAAAAGCGUGGGACAAGGUGGCGGAAGGGAUCGGUGCCGGAAGUAUGCAUGUCGUUGGCGACGAGAAGAGUGCGAUCGAAAAUGCACAGCGGGAGAUGCGUGCAGCCGAGGAAAGCACUGGCGUCGAAUGGCCGAGACUAUUCUUCCAGAAUCCGGACGAUGACAAGGAGUUUGCCCUCUUAGCUAAGACUAUUCCAGAUCAGACGGCCAGGAAUCUUAACCAAGAGAGGACGGCCGGGGUAUGGAAGUUCAUCGGGGUCGGCGCAGCUGAGGCUCUGCUCUCGGAUGGAAUCUUUCACAGGUCGUUGGCACCAACGGGACAAACAGAAGAUUGUUGAUCCCAGGAUCGGAAUUGUGGACGAGAAGGUAUUCCGGGCAAUACUAUUUGAUACUACGAUGUACUAUACAUGGACUUGUAAUUCAAGACUUCCACCUC